AUGUCCGAUAAAGCACCGCCUAGUGCACCCACGACGGCGCCAGCGCCGGCGCCAACGGAAACACCAGCGCCGGCGCCGGCACCAGCCGAACUUGUUUCAGCUGGUGCGUCCGCGCCGUCAGCCACUUCUGGCAUUCUAGAGCCUGAGCCGGCAAAUGAAGGGCAAUCACUUGUUGUCUUUGGCAUUGGACGGGAGACUGUUUCUGGCUCCGAUCAGCGACACGGUCCAGAGCGACUUGGAUGUAGUGAUUUCGCUGAUGAGUAUCCUAAUGCCGAGGUAAUCGGCACCGACAUUUCACCCAUCCAGCCGUCCUGGAUUCCACCAAAUCUGCGCUUUGAGAUCGACGAUGCCACACUGCCUUGGACUUUUGGCUCCAAUGUCUUCGACUAUAUUCAUAUGCGCUACCUGUUUGGCUCCAUUUCUGAUUGGCAGGCUUUGUUCGAUCAGGCAUAUGCUGCGUGCAAGCCUGACGGCUGGGUUGAGAGUUUUGAGAUGUCUUCCGUUGCCCGGUCGGAUGACGACAGUGUCAAGGAAGGCUCGGCUCUGGAGACCUGGAGCGAGGCAUUCGUCCAAGGUGGUAAGAAGUUUGGCAGGAGCUUCACCAUCGUUGAUGAAGACGUCCAGCAGAAGUGCAUGGAGAAAUCUGGUUUCACCGAUAUCGCUGUCAAAGACAUCAAGUGCCCUAUUGGUCCCUGGGCGAGAGAAAAGAAGUACAAGGAGAUGGGGAUGUACAGCCGCGCAGCACUGGAGGCUGACAUUGAAGGCUACGUCUUGAUGAUGUUCAGCACCGUGUUUGGAUGGGAGAAGGAGCAGAUUCAGGCAUACAUUGCGCUCUUGCGCCGGCAGAUUCGCGACCCCAAUGUUCAUUGCUAUUAUCGGAUGCGUAUAUCGAACAUGGUGUACCCUCCUAGCUUAGUACUCAAGUAG